AUGUCCUCCCAAGUCCAAACUUCUGAAUCGAAGGAGCACGCUCUUAGAAAUCGCUUGCGCGAACGAACUGGGAAUAUUUUUAAAAGCCGUCACGAAGCUGGAAUGGGGCGUUCAAGAGGUAUUAGCCAUGACCAGAUUUUGAUUUCAUCCAGUCCGACUUCUUUGGUACAAAUUGCGAAAAGUUUGGAAGGUGACCUUUUGAGUCUUUCCAAACACCGUACGGUCGACAAUGCCGUGGUUUUGGGAAGUACAGGCCUGACCGGUUCUCUUAUUAUUGCCAAUCUGACACAACCCUGGAUUUAUUUGAGCUCUACAAACGAAGUACAACGCAAAGUAGACGCUUUGUGCUCCCCCAUCGAAAAGCCUGAAAAAAAUAGCCACUUCUUCAAGAGACCAAAAGCACCUCUCUGCAACGUCUUGACCCGCAAGAAAACCGUCGAGAUAAUCAAGAACUUAUUUUGUUUUACACGCAAACCUCUAGCAACAGGAAGUGCCGGAAGCCUAGGGGAACACAAUUCGGCUUGGGAACAUUCACUCGCUUAUAAGGGCUCAAAACUUUUGUGCAAAAGCGAGAAUUUCCAUUGCGAUGAGCCAGUGGAAAGUGUGGGAUUUUUGGAGCUACCGAAUCACCAGGAACAAAAUCUCGAUGCCGCCAUCGAAGUACAGGUUCAACAAUAUUGUUAUCGGUUGACGUAUGAAAAUUUGCAAGAUACACACGGAGAAUCUUGUCGUCAUACGCUGAUAAUAGAGCUUAAAAUUAAUGUGGUUACCUUGAUCGAGAAGGACUCGUUUAAAUGGCCAAAACUAUUUUCAACCUUGUUUGGCGAAGAACCCACUGCUGCCAGCGUAGUCACUAAAAAACUCGAGCAGACCAUUCUAUGGACCUUUCCACCCAUCAAACAAAUAGGUACCAUUUUGUCAGCAUUGGGCUUUACGAGCUUUCAGGAGCGAGCAUCGAAGAUCUCGCGUGGGUUUGUAGACCAUGACCUGAAUAUGCAAAUGAUCCAAAUAUUCAGUCAGAGCAAAGCUGUCAGCGUCAAGAAGAAAGCCAUAGUUAUAACGAGUUUCAAUAACUAUUUUCUCAGCUCUACGUGCGAAUACUUCCGUAUCAAGCUGAGCUUGGAACAAGAUUUGGCUACCAAAGUGACAGGGCUGGAUAAAUUAAUUAUCCUGAGACCUGGCCCACUUGUAGGCUCACAUUCCCAAGCCAAGAACACACACGAGCCGAGUUUACAAUCACCAAAACCAGCUUUUGUUCCUAAAACGUUUUUCGCCAUUUAUCGCUUGAAAAGAAGUUGUCUAGAGCACAAGGUCAGGUUUGUCAGAGAUUUAUCCAAGUUCGGACUCAAAACCAAACUCAGCGAAAUCUGUGCUAAAAUAGCUUACCAGCGCUGUUGUUCUCCACUGAUUGGAUAUGUAGUCCCGGCCUACAAAGUUGCAUAUGUUGUCGCCAUAAACUCGCUGUUUUCUGGCGACAGCGACAGUUUUGUCGAAGUCAUCAAAAGUGAUCAGAUCGACAAAUUAGCUUGA